AUGGCCUUUUCACUCCCAUCAUCACAGCCACAGCUAUCACCACCGCAGCCACCGCCACCACAACCACUACUACCAGAACCAACCAUCACCAUCACCACCACAAUCACCCCCACCCCACUGAAUCAAGAAGCACAAGAAGACAAAACCGAAUUCAUGCACAAAAGCACAAACAACAGACGUUACAUACAGCUGCUAGCCAUCAACUACUUCUGUCUCUUUGUUGGCUCCGUUUCAUCAGCACUCCUCUCCAAAUUCUACUUCAACCACAAGGGCGGAAGCCGGUGGGUUUCCACAUGGGUUCAGUCCGCCGGCUUUCCGCUGCUCCUCCUCCCCAUUUACCUCCCCUAUUACCUCUUCAAAUGCACGGACAGACGGCCCUUUUCCCGGUUCACGCCGAAACUUUUGUCACUGUCCGUAAUCAUUGGAUUUCUGUUGGGCAUCAACAACUUACUUUUCUCGUGGGGAAAUUCAUAUCUACCCGUCUCAACCUCUUCCUUGCUUCUCUCCUCCCAGCUUGCCUUCACUCUCAUUCUCGCCGUAAUCAUCGUAAAACAGAAGAUCACCUUCUGUAACCUUAACUGCGUCGUCCUUUUAACUCUGAGUUCAGUUCUGUUAGCCCUCGGAUCAAAGCAUGACAAAGCACAAGGUUUAACCAAAGCAAAAUAUUUCAUAGGGUUCUUUUCAACCAUCGGGGCCGGGCUAUUAUUCGCUCUUUAUUUACCAGUAAUGGAGAAAAUUUAUCGACAAGUUUACUGCUACGCUAUGGUGAUGGAAAUGCAAAUGAUUAUGGAAAUCGCGGCGACGGCUCUGGCAACGAUAGGGAUGGCGGCUGAUGGGGGAUUUUCCGAAAUGAAAAAUGAGAGUUUUAAGGUUUUUGAUCUGGGGCCGAGAGCUUACUGGCUGACGGUGUCUUUUAACAUUGUAACGUGGCAGUUGUGUUUCAUGGGGACGGCGGGGAUGGUGUUCUUGACAACGUCGUUGACAGGGGGGAUUUGCAUGACUGCCCUUUUGUCCAUGAAUGUUUUGGGGGGUGUUUUGGUGUACCGGGAUCAGUUUAGUGGGAUGAAAGCUGUAUCUACAUUGAUGUGUGUUUGGGCGUUUUCAUCCUAUGUGUACGGGAUGUAUAUGAAGAUGGAGGAAGAGAAGGAAAGGGUGAGAGAGAAUGAGAAGAUUUGUGGUCAUCAUCAUCAUCGUCAUCAUCAUGAUCAUAAUGAUGAUAAUCAUCAUCAAGGGUUCUUGGAGAUGGCUGAGAUUGUUUCGCAGGGCGGCUGAUGGGAAUCAUGGGAUGAUGAGUAGUAAUGAUUUUCUUGUAGCU